AUAAACAGUUUCGACCGCCGUUUUUUCGAAAGGGAUGGAAUUUAAUUCGAAACAUCGAAAAUUAUCAAAAAAUAAAAAUUUCGUUCGUACUUUAUCUACUAAGCCCAGACUAACAAAAAAACGAACAGUUAUCCGUAAACGAAAAUGUGUAUGUCUGCCAGAAAAUUAUUCAGUUGUAGAGUUUCCUUCAAUUUGGAACGAGCUAAGGUUGAACGGCCAACUUUGCGAUGGCACAAUAGUGUGCAGAGACAUGAAAUCAAUUCGAGUACAUCGAGCUAUUCUUUCUGCCGUGAGUCCUUAUUUUAAAGUCCUCUUUAUAAAUUCUUUGAAAAAGGGAGAACCAGAAGAAAAGGAAAUAUUUGUAGAUGUACCGAGUUACUAUAUGAGUCUCAUAUUAGAUUACGCAUAUACGGGUACAUGUACAGUGUCGGGUGAUAACGUCCAAUACCUUUUACCAUAUGCCGAUCAAUUUGAUGUUGUCGGUAUUGUACAGUUAUGCUGUCAAUACCUUUUAAAAGAGUUACAGCCUCACAACUGCCUCGGAAUAUUUAAGUUUGCUAGAUGUUAUUUUUGUAACGAUUUAGAAAAAAAGGGAAAGCUUUACAUAAGACAGCAAUUUUCUAAAGUUUUAAAAGAAUGUAGUGAAUUUAAAUCAUUGUCAUACGAGGAAUUAGAAGAUGUUUUACGUGAUGAUGAACUAAACGUUAGAAACGAGGAAGUUGUAUUUCAAGCAAUUAAAACAUGGGUUGAACACGAUUUGGAUAAUAGAAGAAAGUAUUUGCCUUCCCUGUUAACGUGUGUGCGAUAUGGACAUAUCAGUUAUAAAUAUUUUAAAACGAAAAUUUUACAGUGGCAACCCGUCGUGGAUGAUGAGAAAUGCCAAGAAGCGUUGUAUCCAGCAGUUGUAUUUCUAACAGUGUUAGAUUCAAGACCUGAAACGGAAGCUGAUCUUAAUGAUCCCCUAGCAAGACCGCGUAUACCACACGAAAUACUUUUUGCCGUUGGAGGCUGGAGCGCUGGAAGUCCAACCAGUUUUGUAGAAACUUAUGAUACAAGGGCAGACAGAUGGUUCCUUUCGAUACACAUGGAUUUGUCACCUCGCGCUUACCACGGUCUAUGUGCCCUCAACAAUUUAAUAUACAUGAUUGGUGGAUUCGAUGGUAGUGACCAUUUCAAUACUGUGCGUUGUUAUGAUCCAGUUACCAAUACUUGGCACGAACGGGCCUGCAUGUACCAAGCGAGAUGUUACGUCAGCGUUGUAGUCCAUGAUUCUCUUAUCUACGCUCUAGGGGGCUAUAAUGGAAGGACUCGAAUGUCGUCAGUAGAGCGUUAUUAUCCCGAUAAAAAUCAAUGGGAAAUGACCACGUCUAUGAAUAAACAGCGGUCGGAUGCUAGCGCUGCAUCACUUGGCGGAAAGAUUUAUAUCGUUGGGGGUUUUAAUGGACAAGAAGUACUGAGUUCGGCGGAAGUCUUCGAUCCCGAAACGAAACAAUGGAGUUUUAUCCGAUCGAUGCAAAGUCCUCGGUCCGGUGUCAGUCUUAUUGCGUAUAGGGACUCGUUGUAUGCUCUUGGUGGGUUUAAUGGAUACAGCCGGCUCAAUACUGGUGAAAGGUUUUGCCCCCAACGUGGUGGUGAAUGGCAGGAAGUAACGGAAAUGUUCAGCGCCAGAAGUAAUUUUGCGACAGUUCUGCUCGAUGAUAUGAUUUUUGUUAUCGGAGGAUUUAAUGGGUCCACCACAAUUCCGCACGUCGAGUGCUAUGACGCGGAUACAAUGGAGUGGUACGACGCGGCACCGAUGAAUCUCACCAGAUCAGCCCUCAGCGCUUGCGUCUUGGCUGGAUUGCCCAAUGCUAGGUCUUUCUCAUACCUCGCGAAGGCAGUUCCAGCUGCGGGAGCCGACCAAGCGCACCAUUCCUAACUUUGGGCUUAAAUCAUUAAAAUCUCCUGUCAUUGUCCUGGAUCGACAACGAAGUCAUAAAUAUUUGUGGGCAUUUUAUACAUAUCGAAAGCGUUUAUUCCCUAAUUGAUUUUUUUAACUGGUGUACUUAGAUUUUAAAAAUGUAGUUGUAUAUAAAAUUGUUUUGAAUAUUAUCAACUCGUCUGUGAUAUUUUGAAUUUGUAAGUGUUUUUUAUAACUGAAAUCAUGCGAAACAUAUACUUUUAUUUGAAAUUAUAUCGCUUUGUAUAUGCGUUUUUGUACGAUACUAAAUCAAAAUAUUUUAGAUGUAUUUUAUGACAAUUUUGAAAUUAUUAGGUAAGUUUUUCUUUACAUUGAUAUGUUUUUAUCGACGGUGAGAACAUUUUUUCAUCAAUUUAGACGUUAAUAUAUUGCUCGUAAUAAAUCCAGUCUGAUGAGAGGAGUUGAAAAAAGCGAAAAAUUUAUGUGACCAAAAAUUUAUUGUAAUCGAAAUAGAGAAAUUGACAAAU